CCUUUCGAUUCGGGAAAAAACAAAAAGAUUGGAACUUUUAUUUUUAAUUUAGCUGAAACAUUUCAAUUGGUUGAAAAAAAAAGGAAAGAAAUCUUCUGUUUGGUUGAAACACUAAAUUUGAUUAGGAAAAUUAAUUAGAUCGAGAAAAAAAAUCCCAAUAUUACAUGUUCUUAAUUAGGUGAAAGUCUGCUCUGGGUGGUGAGACGUCGGUUGCUAAGGGUUGGCUCGUGGAACCGAGCUUCCGUCUGUACUGAGGAUACAGACAUGUUUUUUUGAUCUGUGCGUGGUCCACACGUGGGGGACUGAGUAUAAAAGACGGCUUCUGAAAGAUGGAGCGCUUUUGCAGAGUGAAGUAUUUUCAAGAUACGAGGGACCCGGGCCUAGAGGGGCCUAACGUUGAGGAAAUACUUCGGGAAAGGCUCUGUCGCCAGAUCAGGUUGGUUCCCUUUUUACGGAGACGUCCGAUAAAAAGGCAUUUUGGGAAGGUUCCGGCCGGAACACACAAAAAAUCUAAGGCAGGAAACCGCCGGACUCUGAAAGACGGGUUCGGGGCAAUUUGAGUCUUCACCACCAGACAGCAACCGUACAAAACUAAAAGUAAUUAUAAAAGUAAAAAGUAAAUAUGGUUAUUAGUGCGUUUCAUGUUUCCAUGAGUGGGAAACUGGUUAUGGGUUCAAAAGGAGAAUCGCUUUGUGUAAGGACAUAUGCACCUUAAAAGAAAAAUUAGAGACAAAAGAAAAUACUUGAAAAAGCAAAACUAUCAAAACUAAAGCCCUAAAAGAAACAAAAGAUGAGAGUAACAGGAAAAAAGGAGAUAACAACUCUGGGGAAGAAUUGUUUGCACUCGCCACACACACACACACACACACACCACACACACAUCAUGUUAAGAGCAAAUGCUCCCAUUGUUUCUGCUCUCUAUUCUAAUGCAGAACUGAGCGCGAUGAGGGUAAAUCCGGAUCUGGACUCCUUUCCCACCAUCAGCAGAAGAACCGAAGGAGAAGAAGCGCCUGAUCAACAACCAGAACAGGGUGGAAGCUCUGACACCACAGCAGCUGGAGGACACAGACCACAGCAUGGACGCCUCACAGACUCCCACAACGUCUGCAGCCAUCACGUUCUGGGCUCAUCAGAUGAACCAGCUACUACAAGCCCUGCACCAGCAUGAAAGGACUGUGUCUGAAGCUUCUGAAGCCGUGAAAGUGUCAUACACGCGUGUGUGUCUGACAGACACCUGCUUAUGACAAUCAGCAAAGGAAAACAAGGACAGAGCAACAGCAGAGAAGACGUGCUCUGACACAGACACUGGUUGAAACAACAGGAGAGGCUUCAGACGUGAUCGGCCCAAAAGAGCUGCAACCGAGGAUCCAGGAAAGGUCUGUCAUCGAGGAACAACUGUCCCAUUGAAAGGCUUCACCCGCUGGCGCUCACAUGAGACUGAUGGUUGGGGAAGGAGGAAGGUGACGGUUCCUUUUCACGUGACGUACAAGACGGUACCGCAAACAUACACACACAUUCAUACACGCAAUGAAGAAACACGCUUACAGCUGAUACACGCUCAAAUUCAUGUUCAUGCUUAUCUGCUCGCAAUGAAGAAUCGCUUUUUGCUCAAAAAAAUCCCACAGAGUGAUUUUAAAAUGAUGACAAACAGCUAAAUGACAACUGCUGCAUGACUUUACAGUCUGAUGGGUUUAAACUAUUUUAACUUGCAACAAAUUCAGUAAUAAAAUCCUUCAUGUUUCUAAAAAUACUUGUGCACAAUAUAGGUUUGUCUGGCCAGACUAGAAGACUAUAGGAAAACAAAACAGACUGUAGAAAAACAAAAUCAGACUAUAGAAAAACAAAAUCAGACUAUAGAAAAACAAAACAGACUGUAGAAAAACAAAACCAGACUAUAGGAAUAAAACAGACUAUAGGAAGACUGAGACUGACUGAAACAGACUAUUAAUGACUAUUAAAGGGAAGACGACUAUUAGAGAGAAGUAAUAAUAAUUACUGUACGUACCAGACUAUUAAAGAAAAACUUACUGUCCACUGUCUUAUGCAACAUCUGACAGCGAGACACCUUGAGAUUUAUUGUUGCUUUCAAAUUUAUGCCCAGUUAAUUUUUAGGAAGAGGUCUUGUGUAGUUUAGGUAUUUGAUUGGUUUCCACUCCAGACGGAGUGCAGGUUACAUCUACAGACAUUCUAAAUAAUCCCUCUUUUGUUGGUGUUAACUUCAGCUCAGCUGUGCUCUUAUCAUUGGCUGCUGAGGGGGGGCUGUAACUGAGGCACUCACACAGGCUGCAUCACAGCUUGUUUAUGAUUUCACACACACACACAAACUGACCUCAACUUCCCUCUUUUGGGAUGAACAGGUCUGCGCUUGCGAUUUCUUUUACUAACGAACAAAAAGAUUUUUGAUGUUUAUUCUACAGUUCCACACGUCCCUCUGUGAAAACAUGAUGGAGACAGAUGCAGGACGUGGGUCCUUUCAUGAACAGAUGUCAACGGGGUGGAGACUGGUGAACGACUUCUGACCCCAUGUGACGUAUUCACCUACUUUGCAUACUUUUAGAAAACUUCUUUUUAUUCUGCCGUCAUGUGCAGCAAACAGUAAACUGGGUACCUCCACAUUCUAAUGACACACAUUACACGCUUUUGUUUUUAUUUUCAUUUUUCAGAGGACGCUCUGACCCAACACUCAGCCUUACAGGAAGCCCUGCUUCCCUGUGGCUCACACACAGACAUGAUGUAGGUUUGAUCAGAGGAUGUGAACCAGUGGUCAUCACACCUAAAUCUGACCACAGACCAUGUAAACAACAACACCCUCUUAAAGGAAGCCAUAGAUGGUGUUACUGCAGACACCACUAAGCUACUGAAACAUUGGAUGCUACAGGCCACAAAGAGAGCCUGUCUAAAUUACAGUUUGUUCAGACAAAGGUUAUUUUCUGGGUCAUUGUAAUUACAGCUGAUGGCAAAUCCAUCUCACCCAACAGAGUUAAAGCAAUUUGAAACCUGCCUAAACCGUGCACGUAAAAACAGCUGAUGUUUUUUCUAGGUCUUUGUUCUUAUUGUAGGACCUUCAGUCCUAACUUUACUGUCUUUGAGGCCCCACUCAGGGUUCUGAUGCAGACAUCUUCAUCGUCCACUUCUUGUCUCACGUGGACGUCUGAGGCUGAACAGGCGUUCACCGACCUCAAACUUGCUCUUCAGUCGGCUCCUACUUUGGGUCUGCCUGACCCUACGCGACCUUUCACCCAAACAGUGGAUGUGAAAUCAGGUUGUAUGACCUCUGUCCUUUUACAGGAUCACGGAGGACGUCCGCGCCCUGUAGCCUAUUUCUCUGCUAAGCUUGACCCAGUCGCUGCGGGGCUCCCACGAUGCCUCCGAGCAGUGGCUGCGGCAGAGAAAGCCGUGCUGGCAUCACGUGACAUUGUUGGCUAUUCUGAUGUCACCCUGCUGGUUCCUCAUGCCGUGUCUUUGAUCCUUUUGGAACAAAAAACAUCACAUCUUUCUACAGCCCGAUGGCUUAGAUACAACACCAUCUUACUGGAAAUGCCAAACAUUACUGUCAAAAGGUGCAAUGUGCUUAACCCAGCCACUUUGUUUCCAGGCCCUGACGAUGGCGAGCCUCACAACUGUGUUUCGGUCUUGGACCAAGUCUGCACUCCGCGCCCAGAUCUGUCGGAGGUGCCAAUUCCUAACUGUGACCUCGUUCUCUUUGUUGAUGGCUCCGCCUCUAGAGACCCUGCUUCGGGCCGCUGUCAGGUUGGAUAUGCAGUCUGCACCUCUCAUACUGUUUUACAGUCUGGCGCUUUGCCAGGACAUUACUCUGCUCAGGCUGCGGAGUUGAUCGCACUGACCGAAGCCUGUAAAUUGGCUGAAGGGAAGUCUGCUACUAUCUACACAGACUCCAGAUACGCUUUUGGCGUCACACAUGACUUUGGUGCUCUGUGGAAACACAGAAGGUUUUUGAAAUCUGAUGGCAAACCUAUCUUGCAUCAUGAUAAGGUUGCUGAUCUGCUCGACGCAAUUCUGUUACCAGCUGCAAUUGCUGUAUGUAAGUGUCCCGCACACACUGGGGGCACUGAUCCCAUCUCUGCUGGAAACACACGUGCUGAUGCUGCUGCGAAGGCAGCUGCUCGACAUUCCCUUCCCUUUGCUCCCUGCCUCUUAUCCUCCACCUCUACCCAACCUCCCUCUCCUCCCUCUGCUCUCCCUGAUCUUCAGACAUUCUCUACCCCACAGGAACGCAAGCUCUGGCUGACGAAUGGCGCCACCAGUAGCCAUGGCGUUUGGUAUGGGCCCGACGGCAAACCUUGCCUACCUAAACACUUUUUCCCCCAUUUCGCGAAGUUGACACAUGGAUUAGACCAUGUAUCAAAGGGGGGAAUGUUAGAUGCUCUUACAAAACAUUGGUACACUAAGGGAUUUUCAAUCUAUGCGCAAAAAUACUGUAAAGCAUGUAUGACAUGCGCCCAACACAACCCAGGUAAGACGACUGCCAAACCACUGGCAGCUCACCCACCACCGGAACAGGCGUUUGACCAUUUAAUGCUGGACUUCAUCGAACUAACGCCGGCAGGAGGUAAAAGGUAUUGUUUAGUGAUUGUUGAUAUGUGGUCAAAAUGGGUGGAGGCCUUCCCAGCUAAACAUGCUAACAGCCAUGCAGUUACCAAAGCCUUGCUGACAGAAAUAAUUCCCAGAUGGGGAAUUCCAUCUAAAAUCAGCAGUGACAACGGCUCACACUUCGCAAACCAAGCCCUCGAGGAAGUGGGAAAGUUUCUGAACAUCGACAUCAGAAAGCACUGCUCUUACCACCCUCAAAGCGGAGGGGCGGUAGAGAGAAAGAAUGGCACUUUGAAAAACAAACUGGCUAAAUGCUGCUCAGAGACUGGUCUCAAGUGGACUCAGGCUCUUCCCAUUGUGCUCUCAUACAUGAGAAUGAGGAGAAGGAUGAGAACAAACCUCAGCCCGUAUGAGAUCCUAUUUGGUAGACCCCUAUGAUGGGACUCCACCCUGAGACCGAGACUAGGAUUUUACCACCUACUGAAAUGUGCGAAGACGCAAUGCUACAGUACUGUAAGAACUUAUCCUCUGUUCUGUCCCAAAUCUCCAAGCAGGUGAAAGCGGCUCUGCCCAAACAGGCGACAGAACCACUGCACAUCAUUCAACCAGGAGACUGGGUGAUCAUUAAGGAGCUUCGCAGGAAGCACUGGAACUCAAAGCGGUGGCAAGGUCCCUUCCAGGUCCUUCUGACGACCAACACGGCUGUGAAGAUCGCAGAAAGAGCGACUUGGAUCCACUCCAGCCACUGCAGGAAGGUCCCGGAUCCGACAGACGACCCUCCAUCUAUAUCUACACCACACGAGAAACCACCACUGACGAAAAGAACUGAGAAGGUCGACCCUCGCUGUGCUCACACAUGCACUGAGGCGAGGCUGCGUUGACCAUUCAGCUAAAGGUGUGAGCCAAGCGCCGCCUGAAGCUGCGCCGGUGAAUCACACUAUCAGACCAUACAUCUACACACACGCUCCUGAGAAAACACACACACGAGCAGCCUUGAGUUGCCGACGCUGGACGACGUGUAGAAUCUUCACAUCACGGGAGUGACAGUGACUCAGACGACAUUGGGAGGAAACCUGGCGGUGAUAACGAAUCCCAAGUGUCUCUGUGAUCAGCUGAUCACAACCUGAAGAACCCCAACGAACUGUCAAUACAUCAACACACAGGUUGGAAACAAUCUAACGCUACUGUUCAACAGGACGAAGCAGAUUGUUACGAGACAUCAAUUGUAACCUCGUUGCGUUAGACAUUUUAUGUUACUCUGAAUAUUGCCUUUAUCAUAUGAUGUUUCCAGGUAACUUCACACACUACUUUUGAAGAAGAAAAUUUCACAACACUGAGUUUAAAUAUCCUGAAGUUGACUUGGUGUUUAAUUUGCUCACAAUCACUUUAUUCACUGCUACAAUUAGUUCUAUCCUUCAUCUACAGAUGAAAGACAACAGAAGCGGAAAUAUGCAUCAUCAUUCUGGUUAAAUCCCUGAAUCUCCUAUUCGCUCUAGACGCAAAUGUACAAUUAAAGAUCCGAAAGCAUUAAAUCUAUCUUAAGAUUAUAUGAAACAGAACCCCACCGGAAACCUAUGGCUAUCAUAAAUUAAUUGUAUUUAUUACAUUACAAUUGAAUGGCCGUAGACACGUUGUUAGCAGAGAAAAGAGACGUUUGUGUUAUGUUUGGAGACGCAUGUUGUACUUCAUCCUGAACAACACUGAUUCUAAUGGUAUUGUGGCGAAGGCGCUCCACGGCCUUCAGAAUCUCAGCUAACUCUGGUAUAGGGUUUUUUCCCUUGGAAUUGGCUAGACGAAAUGUCUGGAAAAUGGAAAUCUGUUCUCAUGUCCGCAGCUGUUUCCCUUAUAAUUGAGAUGGCGAUUCUCUUGUUUGGUUUUUGCGUUAUCACACUGGUUAGAGGUCUCAUCAUGCGUGCGACCCCAGCAACACUCUCGUAUCAAAUGACACAAUGCACUAUGUUCAAAAACCCCAACUCUAAUUCACUUAAUGACUUUGACGAUGGUCUUAGGCUAUCGGAUCAAAAAUAUAACAUGAUACAAAUAUGAUAAUGAGCUUAUUUUCUUCACAUGCCAAUACAGAAGUUAUUCUUGUAUAACUACCCACCAAAACAGUUCCCAACCUUUUGUCCCUAAGUUACUUGCAUUUUAUGUGAAGGUGUAUUUUGAAUCUUGAUGAGUUAAUACCCUUAUUGUUUCAUUUGCAAGGGUCUUUUAUUAUUACAGAAUGUGACGUUGACAAUUUUUAUUCUUUUAUGGGUUGAUUAAUGUGUAAUCAAAAGGGGGGAGUGUUAUGGGAAAAAUUGUCUCUUCCUUAUUUCUAUGUCUCUUCCUUACUUCUAUGCAGUUAUUAUAUGAUUUAUGACUUAUGUUCUGCAAUUAAUAUCUUAUGUUUUGUCUUACUGUAUGCAUUUGACAUUUCACCUAGAUUGUUCAAUGGUUGUCUCUGCCUGAUAGACUCUCAACUCUAGCUCCCAAACCCAAGGUCAGGGAGUUGUGUCUCUGUCUGUUGAGACUUGGUGCUCCUUUCUCACAGAUAGUUGGACGUCAGCAAUGCAGGUGUGAGAAUGUAAAUAUCUUCACACACACUGCGACAGGGAGGAGAUGGUGCAUGUAAUUUGAUUGGGUUAGAAAGACAUUCCACCCUAGUCGGACAGAGAAGCUAAAAGGCAGAAACAACUUUAGGAUCGUGGGCUCUUUGCAUCACACCUUCGUGGUGUGUGCACUGAUCUCCCCAGCUGGUUUUUGGUUUGUUGAUGUGCACGAUCAACAUCCAUGUUUUUAUUUGCUUUCCCCAUUAUUUUUAUUUUUUUAUCCUUUCUUUAUUAUUUUAAUAAAUCGCACAAAAGGACAA